AUGUAAUCAUAAGGUAAAGCCCCACCAUAAAUUGAACAUUAUAUAAUAGAAAGAGUGUACGUGAUAUAGAACAAUAUCACAAACACUUAAGUAGUAAUUAAAAUCAUCAACAAAAAAAUGAUAAAGAACUCAAAAAUGGAAGCUAAGAUUAGAAGUCAGAUAAGGCUGCUGAGAUAAUUCAAUCAUCCAAAUGUGAUUAAACUAUACGAAGUAUUUGAUACUCCUGACGACAACUUUUAGUAAUGGAAUAUGCACAAAAGAGGUGAACUAUUUGAUCUGAUUGCCUAAAAAGGUAAAUUGUCAGAGGCAGAAGCUCUGGAAUUGAAUAUCGCCACAAUAAUCUUGUUGUUCAUAGAGAUCUUAAACCUGAAAUAUAUUGAUAAAUCAUAAUUACGUCGUGAAAACAGCUGA